UAUUUGAGUUUUGUAUACAGCCGAUUAGGGGGGCUGUUAUAAAACAGUUGAUAAGUAGUUUUCAUUUGUAUCGAUUCAAUUUACUGUUGAUUUGCUAGAAUAUUUGAUGCUAUGUUUGUGUAUUGAUAGCUGAAUUUUUUAUAAAAUCAGUUGAAUUCUGUAAAAAUCAAUGAAUGAGUAAAGUUUGCUCAAAAAUUAGUGAAAUUUCGAAAUCAUAAAGACAAUAUUAAGUGAUCAACAUUGAAUCGGGAUAAUUCAAAAUAAAGAAUGGUUUAUACAUAAGCUUUUCAAUUCAAAAGAUAUAUACAAUUUAUUGAAUUCAUUCUAAAUAACAAUAAUUAACCCAUUGGUGGCAAUGUUGUUUAUGCUGAUAGUCGUGGCUUUGUUGGUUUUGAUACUGCGUUUCCUGCUGCGUUUGGCGUUCCAAGAGCGAUGUCAUCGCCGGCAAUUACAUGGUUUGGCGCCCAACGUGUCGGAUGUGCCGUUGAUUGGAGCACUCUGGCAAAUGCGUGACUUUCAGCCGGAUAAUUUGCACGAGAAGUUUACGGAAUACGUGAAGCGAUAUGGACGCAGUUUUGUGGCCACUACGUGUGGCAGAAUGGUGCUGGUCACCUCGGAGCCCAGUCUGGUGGAGGGUGUGCUCCUGAGCAAGCAGCAACUACGCAAGAGUGUUGUCUACGGUGCACUUGGCAGCUGGCUGGGCAACGGAUUGCUUCUGAGUCGCGGCGAGCAUUGGCAUGCGAUGCGCAAGAUCAUAACGCCAGCAUUCCACUUCAACAUACUGGAGCAGCACAUCGACGUCUUUGACAGGCAGUGUAGUGUGCUCAUAGAGAAACUGAAGCCACUGGCAGACAGCAGUGAUAACAGCAUUCAGCAGGCAAUCAAUAUAUAUCCUUACAUGUGCCUUGUUGCCCUCGACAUUAUCAGCGAGGCGGCAAUGGGCGUCGGCAUUGAUGCCCAGAUGAAUGUGGACUCGCCGGUGGUGCAGGCUGUCAAGGAUGUUACCAACACUCUGGCGACACGUUUCAUGCGACCGCAUCUGCUCUUCCCCUUGGUAUUUCGAUGGUGCUGGCCCAGCGGCUAUCGCAAGCAGCAUGAUGGCAUCAAGUGUUUGCGCAACUUCACCGACGAUAUCAUCGAGCGGCGACGUCAGCUGUUGCAUAGAUGGGAACAGCAGCCCGCCAAUUCACAGGAAGUGGCCAAGCGUGCUCCAUUAUUGGAUACAUUGCUGCAGGCAAGCUUGGAUGGUGCACCACUGACAGAUGCACAGAUACGCGAUGAGGUGAGCACGUUCAUCUUUGCCGGACACGACACGACCACAUCAGCAGCGUCCUUCUGCCUGUAUCUACUGUCGAGGAAUCCCACGGUGCAGCAGUGUUUAUUUGACGAACUGUAUGCAUACUACGGCUCGGAUAUGGAACGCUCUGUUGCCUAUAAUGACUUUGCGCAGCUCUCCUUUCUGCAUUGCGUCGUCAAGGAGUCGUUGCGCCUGUAUCCGCCCAUACCAGUCGUGGCACGUUGCCUGGAAAAGAAUUUCGUUUUCGGAGAUGCAAAUGUUCCUGCCGGCACCAAUGUGAUUUUACUGCUCUGGAAGUUGCUGCGCGAUGAGAAGUUCUAUAGAGAACCGCUUCGCUUCUGGCCAGAACGACAUUUGCCUAAUAAUGACAUUGAUGUUGGACUCGCCAAAAGCAUCUCUAGUUAUAUACCAUUCAGUGCUGGUCCCCGCAAUUGUAUUGGUCAACGAUUUGCGCUUCUCGAGCUCAAGACGAUUCUCAUCAAAAUGCUGCGUCAUUUUGAGCUGCUUCCAAUGGGCGUCGAUGUAAAGCCGUCAAUAAAAAUUGUCCUGCGAUCAGCUACUGGAGUAAAUUUAGGCUUAAAGACUCGCUCAUAUACGCAAUAAAUAUAAAGUAAUUAGAAUAUCGAUA